GGAGGGGGGCCUUUCCUGCUCAAGUGAACACAUCGGCUAUUGAGGAUAAGUUGAAGACAUCAGUGCUAAAGGCGGCUAGCCCGAAAGAAGACAGCCCCUGGUUAUUAAAAUAUCGUUACCUGCCGGGUGUGCGCGGCUUCAUGCUGAGUUCCAGCGGAGACGUUUGAGUCUGUCGGCGUGUGAGCUGCGCCAGGUGUCGGGCCACAGAGUGUGGGGGAAAAUGCCAUCUUUUUCAUGGAGGGUUUGGCCCGCACUUGUGUUGCUUCUCUUCCCUUCCACUGUGGCUGCAGAAGAGUCGUCACUGCUGGAAGGCUGGCACGAUGUGUGGCUCUUCCGUUUCCUCGUCAACAUGCUGGGAUACUCCACCAUCAUCAUCCCUGGCUACCUCCUCAUUAGCUACUUCAAGCGCACCAAUUACUUAGAAACAGGUAGUGGGAUUUGCUACCCUGUCAUAAGAACCUGCGUGUUUGGCAGUGAGGCCAAAACAAGUCUGUUGGAUGACGUGUCGGUUGCAUCCAGGAACGAGGGAGAGUCAGGCUCGUCAGUCAGACAGGCCAUCAAAUUAAUCUUUUGUGCUGCUGGACUUCAGGCAUCGUAUCUGACAUGGGGGGUCCUGCAGGAGAGGGUAAUGACUCGUUCCUAUGGAGCCACGACUCCAGACCAGGAAGGAGAGAAAUUCAAGGACUCCCAGUUCUUGGUCUUCAUGAACCGUAUCCUGGCUCUGACCGUGUCGGGCCUCUGGUGCAUCCUGUUCAAGCAGCCUCGCCAUGGAGCACCCAUGUACAAGUACUCCUUUGCCUCGCUCUCCAACAUCCUGAGCAGUUGGUGUCAGUAUGAGGCCCUCAAGUACAUCAGCUUCCCCACUCAAGUCCUGGCCAAGGCCUCCAAAGUCAUUCCUGUCAUGCUCAUGGGUAAGAUCGUCUCCCGUAAGAGCUACGAAUAUUGGGAGUACUUCACCGCUGUGCUGAUCUCAGUGGGUGUCAGCAUGUUCUUGCUGUCCAGCACGACCAGCAAGCACCCGUCCACUGUCACCACCUUCAGUGGGAUCAUCAUCCUCAUUGGCUACAUUGUCUUCGACAGCUUCACCUCCAACUGGCAGGACAACCUGUUCAAGUACAAGAUGUCGUCAGUGCAGAUGAUGUUUGGAGUCAACCUGUUCUCCUGCCUCUUCACCGUCGGCUCGCUGCUUGAGCAGGGUGCCUUCUUCGACUCUCUGGCCUUCAUGACGCGUCACUCCGAGUUUGCCUUUCAUGCUGUGUUGCUGUCCGUGUGCUCAGCAUGUGGCCAGCUCUUCAUCUUCUUCACCAUCAAUCAGUUUGGUGCUGCGGUCUUCACCAUCAUUAUGACCCUGAGGCAGGCCAUCGCCAUUCUCCUCUCUUGUUUCCUUUAUGGUCACGCUGUCACCAUAGUCGGUGGAUUUGGCGUUGCCGUAGUUUUCCUGGCACUUUUCCUACGGGUGUAUGCGCGUAGCCGCAUGAAGUCAGGGCGACGGCCAGCGCAGCCGAUUGCACAGAAGGUGUAGCACUCCAAAGUCGCACCAAACUGGGAACUGAGACCACGUUUUCUGUGGUGCUUUUUGUCUAUUUGUGUGUAUCUGUAUCCGUUUUUUUUUUUUAACUGUUCUUUUCCAUUGGUUUUUAUUUUUGUUAGCAAUGGUACAGAAAGGGAUUCUGCAGUUUUGACUCUUACACCAAGAUGCCCCCAAGGGGUCCAUGUGAUUUGAGUGCCUGUAAGAUUGUCUAAUACACGAGUCCCGAACUUCAAACUGCCUCCUCAGCUCUUUCACAGUCUAACAGUAGAAUAAUUUUUCUUAAACUGCAAUAUCUGGCUUGCGCAGCCAGUUUAAGGUUACGGUGAUCCCAGAUAAGGUAUGUGAGCUGUAUGGCUAAGCAUUAAUUUUCAAGAUUUUGUGACAAGGCCCCUUAUUUAGCUGUAUCCGAAAUAUUUGAACAAAACAGUCAGCUUUUUCUAUCUUAGGUUAUCUUUCAGUCACAAUAGCCAGAUGCUUAUCUCACAGUCCUCCAUGUUGGAGAGCAGGGGCCUUUAUGUCUUCAUGUGGGAUUUUAUCUUGUUAAACUGUAAACAUAACCUGAACACAAGGUGCAUACAUUAGUUUGAUUUAAGAUAUAUUAACAUGUUCCAGAUGCUACCAUCUGUAAUGGGGGUGGUAAACAACGGUUUGUGUAAUAAGGAGCACACACUACUUACAAAUUGUAUAAUUUUGCCUCGACAUCACUGAACAAGAUGCUGCUGCAUUAUUUUAUAAGAUACCUUUUUGUUGUCUUCACAACACAGAUUUUACUUAAUGUUUUAAAAUUGGGCUAAAAAUAAUGUAAAUAUAUCUCUAAGUCAUUGUUUAUUUACAACCCGCUUGUCUGUUGUGUACUUUUGUAAAAGGACUGCAUCAUGUGUUUCACCGUUCCAUGUGAAUGUUUGGAGGAAUACUGAAUGGAUGCUGAUGAUGCGCAUCGCCGUCAAUACAAGGGAAAUGCAAUGUUAUAGGUACCUUGUUUUUAUCAUUUGACUAUUUCCUCUGGUAACUGGAUUAUUAAUAAAACAUAUUAAAUUAA